AUGUGGGGCGUGAUUGGAGGUUCACGCCGCAGCCGUGCGUCCGGCGGUGCAGCAGGGCGCGAUUGGGCAGAGAGCGGGCUGGUGGGCUGCGCUGGCGCUGGGCAGGAGGCGGGAUCACCCUGGCCGAUGCGCUGCUGGCUGCAGCUGCAACUAUGCGACCCAGGCGUCAAGGCUAGCAGCUCCGCGUAUCAAGCACCCUCUCCAGCACCCUCACCCACCACCCUAGCUGCCACCACUCCCUCCUGCCGGGCUGCUGCUGUUGCUGCUGCUGCUGCUACUGCUGCUGUCACUCGCCAACACCUUGCCCCGCCGCCUGUUCUCGCCCACACGCCGUCUUGGCCGCCCGUGGUCCUGCUGCUGCUGCUGCUGCUGUUGCUACUGUUGCUGCUGCUGCUCUUCUUCUUCCUCUUCUUUGCUCGUUGCCCGUGCCAGCUCCGUCCCGUCGAGCUGCGCUCCGCAUUGCCGUCUCCGUCUCAAGCUGCCACAGCAGCCGUCUGCACCAAGCAACACCUCUCCACCACCCCGGCCAAUCAGCACUUCUCUGCGCCCACCCCCACCUUCCCUGCUCUCGCCCGCCCGCCGUCUCGCCUUCCCUCCCACGCCGUUGCAGGAGGCGCCUUCCCCCCGCCGUGCGGCCGCGCCUUCCCCGCUCCUAUAGCACCACCAACAUGUGUACCAAGGUCGUGCACAAAUACGGCUGCGGCCACGAGAUUGCGGAAAAGGCCCCAUGCGCCACGUCGAGGACAUCACCCUGCGGCGUGA